AUGCAGAGAAACACCAGAGGAAUGGAAACCAUAAAAAGCCAGGUACUGUUUCUCUUCCUGCUGUCUUUGUUCUAUGAAGCCAUCUCUGAACCAAUCCGAUACUCUAUUCCAGAGGAGCUGGGCAAGGGCUCCCAGGUAGGGAACCUAGCCAAGGAUCUAGGGCUCAGUAUCCAGGAGCUGCCAGCUUGCAAACUUCGAGUCAGUGCAGAGGAUUAUUUCCAUGUCAGUGCAGAAAAUGGGGAGUUGUUAGUGAGUGGCCGGAUAGAUAGAGAGGAGAUUUGUGGGAGAAAGUCGGACUGUGCAUUGGAAUUUGAAUCAGUCACUGAAAACCCAAUGAAUAUUUUCCAUGUCAUUGUUGCAGUCCAAGAUAUUAAUGAUAAUGCACCGUAUUUUGCUGCAAAAGGCAUUGAAUUAGAAAUCUGUGAGUCAGCCAUACCAGGGGUAAAAUUUCCUUUGGAUUCUGCACAGGAUGCAGAUGUAGAAAGUAACUCACUGAAGUUAUACACCAUCAGCCCCAAUCAGCACUUCAGUCUUUCAACAAAGGAAAGUCCAGACGGAAGUAAAUACCCAGAAUUACAGCUGGAAAAACUUCUGGACAGGGAACGUCAGAGUUCCCAUCGCCUAAUCCUGACUGCCAUUGAUGGUGGGGACCCACCUCUGAGUAGCACCACCCAGAUCUGGAUCAAAGUCACUGAUGCCAAUGAUAAUGCUCCCGUGUUCAGCCAGGACAUAUACAAAGUUAGACUCCAAGAAAACAUGCCCCUGGGGACCUCUAUCCUGAGGGUAUUGGCCACAGACCAGGAUGAGGGUGCCAAUGCAGAGAUCACCUACACCUUUCUUAAUGUCCCUGCAAGUACUAGCCUCAUCUUCAAUCUAAAUCCCCAUACUGGUGAUAUCACAACGAAUGGGACCUUGGAUUUUGAAGAAAGAAAUAGAUACUUGCUUGGUGUAGAAGCCAAGGAUGGAGGGGUGCACACAGCCCACUGUAAUGUUCAGAUUGAAAUUGUUGAUGAGAACGACAAUGCCCCAGAGGUGACAUUCAUGUCCUUUUCUAACCAAAUUCCAGAGGACUCAAAUCCUGGAACUGUAGUAGCUCUGAUUAAAGUAAAAGACAAGGAUUGGGGGGAAAAUGGUCUAGUCACAUGUUAUAUUCAGGAAGAAGUUACUUUUAAGUUGGAACCCACCUCCAAGAAUUAUUACAAGCUCAUGAUUGACAAAACUCUAAAUCGAGAAGAGACCCCAAUGUAUAACGUUACCAUCACUGCCACUGACAAGGGCAAACCGCCGCUUUCCACCGAGACAUCCAUUACACUACACAUCACAGAUGUCAACGACAAUGCACCUGUUUUCCACCAAGCCUCCUACGUGGUCCACGUGGCUGAGAACAACCCUCCUGGAGUCUCUAUCGCCCAAGUCAGCGCCUCCGACCCAGACCUGGGGCCCAAUGGCCAAGUGUCCUACUCCAUCCUGGCCAGCGACCUGGAGCCAAGCGCGCUGUCGUCCUACGUGUCGGUGAGCGCGCACAGCGGGGUGGUGUUCGCCCAGCGCGCCUUCGACCACGAGCAGCUGCGCUCCUUCCAGCUCACUGUGCAGGCGCGCGACCAGGGCUCGCCCCCGCUGCGCGCCAACGCCAGCCUGCGCGUGCUGGUGGGAGACCGCAACGACAACGCGCCGCGGGUGCUCUACCCCGCGCUGGAGCCCGAUGGCUCGGCGCUCUUCGACAUGGUGCCGCGCGCCGCCGAGCCCGGUUACCUGGUCACCAAGGUGGUGGCGGUGGACGCCGACUCUGGACACAAUGCCUGGCUGUCCUACCACGUGCUGCAGGCCAGCGAUCCCGGCCUCUUCAGCCUGGGGCUGCGCACCGGCGAGGUCCGCACCGCUCGCGUCCUGGGGGACAGGGAUGCGGCCCGCCAGCGCCUGGUGGUGGCUGUGCGCGAUGGUGGACAGCCGCCCCUCUCGGCCACAGUCACUCUACACCUCAUCUUCGCAGAUAGCCUGCAAGAAGUGUUGCCAGACCUGCGCGAUGACCCUUCGCCCUCGGACCCUCAGACAGAACUACAGUUUUACCUGGUGGUGGCCUUGGCCUUGAUCUCUGUACUCUUUCUUCUCGCUGUGAUUCUGGCCAUCGCCCUGCGUCUGAAGCACUCCUCUGGUCCAGCUGCCUGGGGCUGCUUUCAGCCUGCUCUCAACUCCAAGUCUGGCCCUGGGGUUCUCUCCAGUUACAGUGCGGGAACCUUGCCCUAUUCCUACAACGUGUGUGUUGCCUCACAAUCAGCCAAGACGGAGUUUAAUUUUCUCAACGUGUCCUCGGCCCCCGAAGUGGCUCCCGCUCAGGACCUCCUCUGUGAUGAUUCUUCUAUGGCUGUAAACGUCAAUAAUGAAGAUCUUAAACUCUCGUAUGAUGCGUCUUUUUCCUCUCAGGUAAAUUUUCCCAGAACUAUUUGA